AUGACAUCCCUUCAAUCGGGAGGCAGCCGAAAUGGUGGCUUCUUUACCUGGUGGCCCUCACCCGACAACGAUGAGUCCGAGACAUUAUACCUGGAACUCAUUUUCGUCCGUUCCUUGAUUUCCACUCACUCACGCUUCGCCCACAUCUUGGCCUCGUCCUUUGAUGCUAUGUCGACCACACCGCUCAAUCUGAGCGGCGGCAUCAAACUCUGCGGCCUCGUUGAUCCCGACGACCGUGAAGAUAUCGUCGCGACGACACCGACGAAAAAGAAGCGCCGCCUCCCGAUAUUCGCGACGGAGACUACAGAUAUCUCGAAUCCUUUUACUAUUGAAGGAGAGACGAUCGUACGAAGCACUGACGUUAACUUCCACGUACGCCGGCACUGGAUUCAUCGGUCGAGGAUUCGACGUGGCGAAUGA